AUGUCUGAUAAAUCAGCUGAUGUGCCAUUAAAUGUUGAUUCAAUGAUACAUGUUAGUCCUAACUCAGUAAGGAUGCCGGAUUUUCAUAGACCUAGAGUCAAAAUUACACAGGAUGAUAUAUGUGAUGAAAUUCAAUUUUGGGAAUCAUCUGUGGUCUGUUUUGUGUUGGGGGAAAAUCCACCAUCUCAUGUAAUUGAGGGUUUUGUUCGACGAAUUUGGGGGAAAAUGGGUGUAGACAAAGUAGCAGCUCUAGGUAAUGGGGUUCAUAUUGUGCGAUUUACUACUCUGGAGAACAGGGACAAGGUGCUCAAUCUAGGGUACCAAUAUUUUAAUAAGAAGCCUUUCAUUGUGAAACCAUGGGAGAAAACAAUGAGUAUCAAUAAGGAUGAAAUUCGAUCUGUUCCCAUUUGGAUUCAAUUCCCACAGUUGAACUUCAUGUAUUGGGGUGAGAAGAGCCUGUAUAAAAUUGCAGGGAUGGUGGGGAAUCCUGUGAAGAUGGAUCAAGCAACCAAGAGAAGAGAGAAGCUGCAAUAUGCCAGGGUCUUGGUGGAGGUGUGCCUAUCACAGGAGUUACCAGAGACAGUGGAGUAUGAGAAUGUUGAUGGAGAGAUGGUUAGCCAGAAGGUGGUGUAUGGAUGA